UUUACCAGCAAUGGUUUCACUUUCAGUUGGAAGUUGCUGGGUGCAGGGAGAAUGUUUUAGUUCCUAUAAAAUUGCUGUACUUUAUGCAAUAGUUGUCUGAACAGACUGGAGUCAGACGUGUCCGGGGGCAAUGCAGCUGUAGCUGGGAGCCCUUCCUCCGCCACCAGCCUCUGCCCUUCCCUGUAGGAUCCAGCAGGCCGGUGUAGAAAAUGUGAUGGGCAGGGAGAGAGAGAGAGGAGGAGGGACCCUAGGGGUGUCUACCCCUCCUUUUUUAUAAUCCUGUCCGCCAUUUGAGACGCAUUUCCAGCUGGGAGCAAGGCACCUCCCAGACUAAGGGUCCAUUUCACUGACUGUGAGAAGCUGGAAAUGUCCCAGUGAUCCUGUAACUGCUGGGAAGUUUCUCCUGGGCUCAUGAGAUCAAGUUACAAUGAAGAUGAGGAUUUCCUUCCGCUCGCACUGUGCCAUGGGCAACCCCUCUCUGUCCAGUUACCUCAUUUUCCUUUUUACGAUCCAUGUUCCUACAUUGGAAUCAGUGAAUUUCAAGGUGAUUGGACCUGAUCAUCCCAUCAUGGUCUCUGCAGGUGAAGAUGCCCUGUUACCCUGUCACCUCUCCCCCAUCAUGAAUGCUCAGGAGAUGGAAGUGCGCUGGCACCGAUCCAAGUUCUCUGAACCUGUCCAUCUGUAUCAGCAUGGAACAGAUCAGGCUGAGCAGCAAAUACCAAAUUAUCAGGGCAGAACAGAGCUGCUGAAGGAUGGUAUUGUGAAUGGAAGUGUUGUCCUGCGUAUACGCAACAUCACCCCCUCUGACCAUGGGCAGUUUAUCUGUUUCUUCAAAUCAAGCAGCUUUUAUGCAGAAGCCAUUCUGGAACUGAAGGUGACAGGUCUGGGCUCUACUCCUCGCAUCUCUAUCGACAGCUACCAGAGCGGAGGGAUCCACAUGGUGUGCGAAUCUGCUGGAUGGUACCCGGAGCCCCAGGUGCAGUGGAGAGACCUCAGGGGGCAGCACUUACCAUCCCUGACAGAAAAAAUAACUCAACAGGAUAACGGCCUGUUUGAAGCACAAAUUUCCAUUAUUGUAACAGAAACUUCCAGUCAGGAUCUGUCCUGCUCUGUCAGGAACCCCCACCUCAACCCAGGGAAAGAGUCUGUGGUCUACAUCGCAGAUCCAUUCUUUCUGAGAGCCUAUCCUUGGAUGGUGGCUGUGUACAUACUCCUGGCUGUUGUGGGUUUGCUCACUUUCACAGCAAGCUACUUCUUCUGGAAGCAACACAAGGCAAAAGCGACGUAUGUUGCAGAGACAGGGAAACACGUUGCUGACCGUGAAAAGCUCCAGGUUGAGUUUGGUAAGUUCCUUUUAUCUUUACUCCAGGCUGAUCUUAAAUGGAGAAAAACUCAAGUAUAUGGAGAAGUGAAGAUAACUCUGGAUCCAGACACAGCUCAUCCUGGGCUCAAGCUGUCUGAGGGCCAGAAGACUGUGACAUGGGAAUCCAAACAUCAGGAUCUGCCUGACAAUCCCGAGAGAUUUGAUGAAGUUUUCUGUGUGCUGGGUUCUGAGGGAUUCACUUCAGGGAAAAUUUACUGGGAAGUGGAGGGGAUGGGGGGAAUCUGGGCCAUAGGGGUCGCCAGAGAGUCUGUGAGGAGGAAGGGACAAAUCAAAUUUACCCCUGAGGAGGGGAUCUGGGGGAUAGAACAGUCCAGGGAUCACUACUCAGUUCUCGCCACCCCUGAGGUCCCCCUGCUACUGUGUGAGACACCCAAGAAGGUACGGAUCUAUGUACACUAUGAAAAGGGGCAAGUGGCAUUUUUCAACCCAGAUAAUGGUGAUCUGAUCGCCAAUCUCACAGCUUCUUUCAAUGGGGAGAAAAUAUUCCCCUUUUUCUGGGUCUGUUCCCACCUCACACUAACCACCUGAGAUCGGAUGGGUGGGUGGGUGUGGGGGGGUGUAACUUGUUCCAUUGGAGCCACAGCUCUGUCUCCAGCAUUCGCUGUGGCACUGGGGCUCUCCACUGACCCCACAGCCACAGAAAGCAGGGAACAGCCCUGUCUCUGCUGCUUCUCUCUAUCUCUGUGGGGCCUGCAGAGGCCCCAGGCCCAGGGAGUGAGCAAUAAUCAUGCUGGCUGUGUGGGGCAGGGGUGGUACUAAGUAGUGGGAACUGGAGAGAGGAAAUUGGGGAGAAGGUGGGGAAUUAUUCUUAACUCAGACCCUAUAUGCUACAAACAUACCAACAAGCUCUUUCAGUACAGAUGCAGAACCACAACAUUCUCAGCUCUGUCAUUGGCAGAGCCUCCCCAUCAGAGUCACCCACGUGCUUAGGGUGGGGUCUGGUGAUUCCUCACCAUCUCCCUCCCCUUUACUUCUGGGAUCCAGUGAUUGCUUAUCACACAGCAGGGACUUGAUCCCAGUCCUAAAAGAUGCUCUGUCUUGAAAAGAUGCAAAGAGGGAACCAGAUGACAUUACCGCCUCCAUGGCCAUGUCCCGAGUUAAUACAUGCUGUAGUCAAACCAGCAAAGUUGCUAUUUGCACUGCAACCACUGAAGGGCAGAGUUUCUGCAUGCUGACUUUACACUUAUGCUGGAAGGUGUUAGUGACUGCCAUCAAUCACAGACAAGGGUAAUGUCCAUGGGUGUGCUAAAUACACUUAUUUUUAAAUGGAAGGAGUAAUUAACCCCCUUUGUGGAGUGAGAUAGCUGGAAACCAUAGGUGACUAGUAACUGCUGACAGUAAGGGGGCACAAUUUAAAGUUUAUGGUGGUAUGUGUGAUGGGUUGGAUCACAGAAUCCCCCUUUGGGCUGCCAACUGAUGUGCCAAGACUACUUCUGCCCCUGCUUUCCUGCCCCGUCAGCUUAGGACUU